AAGCCUGAGCACCUGUGUGGAGCUUCUCCCUUUGUCUUAUAACCAUGUCCACCAACGAGAAUGCUAAUUCGCCAGCUGCCCGCCUUAACAGAUUCAAGAACAAGGGGAAAGACAGUACAGAAAUGAGGCGGCGCCAAAUAGAAGUUAAUAUGGAGCUGAGGAAAGCUAAGAAGGAUGACCAGAUGCUGAAAAGAAGAAAUCUGAGCUCCUUUCCCGAUGAUGCUAUGUCUCCACUGCAGGAAAACUGCAAUAACCAGGGCACUGUAAAUUGGUCUGUUGAGGACAUUGUCAAAGGCAUAAAUAGCAACAAUUUGGGAAGCCAGCUCCAAGCUACUCAGGCUGCAAGGGAACUGCUUUCUAGGGAAAAACAGCCUCCCAUAGACAACAUAAUCCAGGCCGGUUUGAUCCCAAAAUUUGUGCACUUCUUGGGCAGAACUGAUUGUAGUACCAUCCAGUAUGAAUCUGCUUGGGCCCUCACUAACAUUGCUUCCGGCACUUCGGAACAGACCAAGGCUGUAGUAGAUGGAGGCGCUAUUCCAGCAUUCAUUUCUCUGUUGGCAUCUCCCCACGCUCACAUCUGUGAACAAGCCGUAUGGGCUCUAGGAAAUAUUGCAGGUGAUGGUUCAGUUUUCCGAGACUUGGUUAUCAAGUAUGGUGCUGUUGGCCCACUGUUGGCUCUUCUUGCAGUUCCUGAUAUGUCAUCUUUAGCAUGUGGUUACUUACGUAAUCUGACCUGGACACUUUCAAACCUUUGUCGCAACAAGAAUCCUGUACCCCCAUUAGAUGCUGUUGAGCAGAUUCUUCCUACUUUAGUUCGUCUCCUGCAUCAUGAUGAUCCAGAAGUAUUAGCUGCUGAGAAACUAGGUGAAACUGAGAGACUAAGUAUAAUGAUUGAAGAAUGUGGAGGUUUGGACAAAAUUGAAGCUCUACAAUACCAUGAAAAUGAGUCUGUGUACAAAGCGUCACUAAACUUGAUUGAGAACUAUUUUUCUGUAGAGGAAGAGGAAGAUCAAAAUGUUGUGCCAGAAACUACCUCUGAAGGUUAUACAUUCCAAGUUCAGGAUGGCACUCCUGUGACCUUUAACUUUUAG